AUGACUUCAUUAUUGAUCGGUGAACAAGAAGAAAGUUUAUUUCUUCUCCAUGAACAACCGCCUGCUAUUCUCCAGCAAGCAGAAAGUCUAGAUGGAAUCAAAUCAAUUCAACACCUUCUCUCGGCAUCGUCAUCAUUAGCAUCAACCACGUUACCCAAUCGAACUCAGCAAUCUUUUCGUCCCUCGACUGCUUCUCAUGAAGUCAUCCCGCCGCCCCUACGAUUCUCGACGAAUCCAUCACGCUAUCCGAAUUCGAGUGAUGUCGAUUCAUUUGUUCGACAAUUUGAACAACGUUUGGAUGAACAUCGACAUCAGUCGCAGAAGGAAUACGAUCGAAAGAUACAACAAAUGAUCGAAAGUAAAAAUCACGAGCUCGAUGCGUUAAGGAAUCGCUAUGAAAGUAAACUACAUGAACUCGAAGAAACGAAUCGACAAUUGGAGAUUCAAUCAGGCCAAAUUAACGAAGAGAAUAAACGCUUGAAAAUCGAACUCGAACACCAAAAACAACAACAUCGAAUAGAAUUAACAAGUUUGCAACAGCAUUCCAAAGGAUCAGAAAGCGAUGCCGAAAGAAAACUUCAUGAGUUAAAAGUUUUGCAUGAGAAUGAAAAACAAGAGAUGAAAAGAUCACAUUCAAGGACCUAUCAAGACCUGCUAGAUGAGACCAAUCAACGUUUGAAGAAAAUGGAAAGCGAACAUAAAUAUCAGCAGACAAGUCAUGAAUCGAGUAUCGAGGAAAUGGAGAAACGUAUGGUUGAUUUACGAACCAACAUUGAACAUUUACAACAGAUGAAGCAAAACCUCGACGACGACAAGAUUCAUUUGAUAAAAACUAACGAAAAACUACAAUUACAAAUUCAAGAUUUAACGAACAAGCAGCGUUAUCUUGAUCGUGAGCAUGCAGACAAAAGCCAACGUUAUGAAAAUGAACUGAAAUCAGUUCGUGUUCGUUGUCAAUCAAGUGUCGAUUUGUUAGAAAAAGAGAAUGAGCUGAUAAAGAGUAGAUCAGCGAAGACAAUUGACGAACUAGAGAAAAAAUUGACCACAAUAACGGAGAAAUUCCAUGAGUUGGAACGAUUUUUCGAGAGAAAAACACGCGAACAGGAAGAAAAUUAUCAUAAAAAUGUCAAACAAUGCGAACUGGAACAUGAAAAACAAAUUCAAAGGUUAAAUGACGAACACCGAGUACAGUUGAAUAACGAAUUACAACGGCAGAAGGCUCAAAUGCAACUUAGCCUAGAAAAUCAGAUGCAAGAAAUGAAUGAUCAAACACGAGAAAAUGAACAGCAAUUGAUCGAAAAAGUCAAAAUGGAAUAUGAACAGCUGCUACAACAAAAUGAACAACUGUUGCGAGAAAAUUUCAACAAAGAGCUUGAAGAAAGUAAACGUCGAUACGAACAAACAAUUAGUAAAAAAGACGAAAAAAACAUGAAUGACUUGGAACGCAUCAAUAAAUUAUCAAUGGAAGUGAAAGUUAAACAUGAAAAUGAAAAGCAAGAGAUCAUUCAUGAAUACGAUGAAUAUAUUCGCAAGCUGGAAAAACAAUCUGCACAAAAAGCUGAUGAAUACGAACAACGCAUCGAAUCUGUGAUAUCCAAGACAAAUGAACAAUUGAAAUCUAUUGAAGAUGAAUAUCAAAUUCGACAUGCAAAACAAGAGUCGAUCAUCAACGAACAAGAAAAGCUUCUUGCCAAAUUGGAAGACGAAAAACAUCAUACGAACCUUUUACAUGAUAAACAAACGAAAAUUCUCAGCGAACAGCACCUGCGCGAAAGAAAUGAUAUGAAAUCACAAUCGGAGUUGUACAUGAAGAAAUUUGAGAAGAACUUCAAUCUUCUCAAACUAAAACAUGAUCAACUAGAACGGAAAAUUGCUCAGUUGACUGAACAGCACAAACACGAAUUACUCGAGUGUCGUUUAUCUUACGACAACAAAAUGAAAGAUCUUCUCUCGAAUGAUGUUCGACUAGAUUUAGAAAACACGAUCUAUUCAUUAAAACAACAGGUCGUAUUUUUGCAACAACGCAUUUCUUUUCUUCAACAAGAACUUCAACAAUACAUUCAACAGUAUGGCCAUCGACCAGCAGCACGUUCAUCGAAAAACACCAAUCCAUGA